AUGGUGCUUAAAGAAAAUAUAGAGAAAGGUCGUCUAUUGGAUGUUAAGCAAGCUACAGCUGACAUAUUUGAAGUGCAAGCACAUAAAACUACCUGUGUUGAUUUGGAGAAGAAGACAUGCACUUGCCGUGCUUGGGACGUCAUACGGAUUCCGUGUAAACAUGCAUGUGCAGUCAUCUCGUACAUGAAGAGAGACAUUUACCAAUAUUGCGAUUGGUUUAUGUCCAUAGAAGCAUUUAAAAAGAGCUAUGACCCGAUUCUCUAUCCUAUACCAGAUUAUGAGAAACGAAGCGUGCCAAGGGAUGAGAUCGAGCUACUUCCACCACAUACUAUCAAAAGAAAGGGGAGAAAUAAAACAAGACGUAUCAACAAUCGAACAGUGUACAAACGACCUUUGAAAUGCUCUCGAUGCCACUCCGAAGGCCACAACCGCGCAACUUGCAAUGAGCCGAUCGCCGAUUGA